AUGGAUUUCGAUUCUCUCAAGAACCAGGUCAGCAACCUGACCUUGUAUGAUCUCAAGGCGGGAGUGCGCAAGGUCCAAAAUGCUGUUAUGAACUACACCGAAAUGGAGGCCAAGGUCCGAGAAGCCACGAAUAAUGAGCCUUGGGGUGCGUCGACGACGUUGAUGCAGGAAAUUGCCACCGGGACACACAGCUAUCAGCUACUCAACGAGAUUAUGCCCAUGAUUUACAAGCGAUUCACCGACAAGACAUCCGAAGAGUGGCGGCAAAUCUACAAGGGUCUCCAACUCUUAGAAUUCCUCGUGAAGAACGGCUCGGAGCGAGUUGUCGAUGAUGCCCGAUCCCACCUGUCCCUCCUUCGAAUGCUUCGCCAAUUCCACUACAUCGACCCCAACGGGAAAGACCAGGGAAUCAACGUGCGUAACCGUGCGCAGGAAUUGGUCAAGCUCCUAGGCGAUGUUGAAUUGAUCCGUUCCGAGAGAAAGAAGGCCAGGUCAAACCGCAACAAGUUCCGCGGGUUCGAAGGCGGAGCUGGAACCACAGGCGGCAUGGGAAGCUCAGGAAACCGCUAUGGAGGGUUUGGCAGUGAUAGUCUGGCCUUCGGUGGAUAUAGCGGAGGAGUCUACGGUGACGGCGGUGGUUUUGGAGGUAGCACUGGCGAAUUCGAGGAUACCGGGCGUCGCGCCAACCGAUUUGAUGAAUACGAUGAGUACGAUGAGGCAGAUGCCACCCCGGCCCGAAGACAAGCAGCCAGCCCUCCUCCCCGUGCUCAGCCCACGAAGAAGCCGGAGGCACCAAAGGCACCCGAACCCGACCUGGUCGACUUCCUUGAUGACGAUCCUACCCCUGCCGCACCUGCGCCAACGACCUCUGUUGCCGCUGGAAAGCAGCCCGUGGGUAGCAGCAAUGGCCUCAACAUGCUUGAUCCCACCCCGGCCGACGAUGACGAUGACUUCGAUGAUUUCCAGUCUGCGCCUCAACCAGCACCGGCUUCGUCCAACACAUUCUCCAUCGCACCGCCCACAUCGACUGUCAGCACUACUUCCAGCACCCAAUUUGCCGCACCUAGACCUGUUUCAGGAACACAAGGGUCGAACUUGAACGGCAUUGUCGGGUUCACCUCAAUGACGCCGACUCCCACAUCCAGCGGUCUUACAUCGCCUGCACUUUCAACCCAGGCCGCAAAGCCUGCGCAGUCUAAGCCUACCGGGUACCAGGCCGCAACACCCAACUAUUUCACUUCCGUUGCACAGCAGACACCUACCGCCCCGUCGGGUAACCGACCAGCUGCGCCAACUACAUCAUCUUUUUCAUCUGGCAUGAGCGCUUCUACUCCUUCCUUGGGAAGCAGGCCUGCAGCUUCAAAGCCCUCCGGUGAUGCAUUCGGAUCGCUGUGGUCAACAGCCAGUGCGAGUGCAGGACUGCAGAAAUCUUCAUCCAACGCCAGCAAGGGCCCCAACCUCGCAAGCAUGGCCAAGGAGAAGGCCAGUGCAGGUAUCUGGGGUGCGCCCGCAUCGUCCGGCCUUGCUUCCCAAGCGCCGUACCAGCAACAGCAGUCACAGCAAGGGGCGAAGACGAAUAGCUCCGCGUUCGACGACCUGUUGGGCUAG